CGUUGUUACCUUAGCAACAAUAGCUAUGGACCUACCGUUUAAAUACUAAAGAGUUGAGUAACUUAAGCAUAUGGAGAGGAGGAAACAGGUUUGAGUUUAACGAUUUCAAAAGCACACACACACAUUCUCAUUCUGCUCGUUUUGAGGCUUCGUGGUUACUAUCAUUUUUGUAACAAUGCGACGUUAACGUUAACAUUAAGUUACAUCGACUAGCGUGCCCGGUCUUCGGUCUUCUCUAACGUUACGUUGCCGUUACAUUCCUUAACGUAACGUUACACCGCAACGUCACCGUCAUGCUAAACCGACCCAACGCCACUUUAAUCUGUGGCCGCCGGGCAACAUCAGAAAAGUCCACAUUAUCCGCACGGUAGAUGAAACGAGCACGGAGUGACAUCCACAAGCACGGUGGCUAAUGGUCUAAUGGCUGCGAGCUAGCUAACGCUACAACAUGUCGCUGUCCUUUAGCUUCCGGAAGACGUUCACGUCACCCCAACAGCCAGCGGCGAUGAGGCCGCACGAAGGUGCGUUUGGGUCAGCAGAUCCAAACGGCCGGGCCGAGAGUUGAAAUGCUGCAACACGGCUUUGCGUGAGCUCUUCAAGACACUCAGUAACCACCCUGACCUGUUCGGCAGUGAUCGUGGUCUGCAGAUGUGACCCUGCCCUCCUGUCUGGAUGACAGCUCUGGGUCCCAGGAAUCACACGGGGAAUCACAGCGAACUCGCCGACCUUCUGACUCAUGCCGGUCCUCUUCCUUAGUGCUGGCAACGGUGUACCAGGAGAUGAUGACCAUCUACGAACAACUAAAGGCGCAGCGGUACAGCCAGCAGCGGUGGGAGAGGGAGCUGCAGCAGCGAGAGAGGAGGUUGAAGCAGCAGGAAGAGGAGGCCGUUUUGAGGCUCGCCGGGAUGGAGGAGAUGCUACACACACGUUUACCAGCUGAAGAAGAGAAACACCAGCAACAGGUGAGCCAGCUGCAGGAAGUUCUUCGAGAGAAGUGCAAGGAGAACCGGAGGCUCAAGUGCAGCUUUGACACCAUCAAGGAGCUGAAUGAGGGCAUGAAGAAACAGUUGAAUGAAGUCAAUGAACAGAAUAAAAAGUUGGAGAGCCAAUCCAAGCGGGUGCAGGCUCGACUGGAGAACCUGCAGAGGAAAUAUGAGCACAGCACAGCACAUAGAGUCCUGCCAAAAACAAGCGUCAAGAGCACAGUGUGUAAUAAAGCAUCCAAAAAGGAGACAACCGCUGACUCUGGGAAACCCAGCACAAGGCGCUGCUCCGAUCCGACUCGUCCGAAGCUCCUGACCCUUCUGCUAGACUGGGUGGUCGACGGACAGACGUUGUCACCGGCAGCAGGAAGCGGAGGGAAAGGUGUCAGCCGAUGCGGCCUGCCUCCUGAGCUGGUUCUGAACGAGAGAUGCCUCACGGUGACGCGUUCUCCCCCCGACUUCACUGCCGUCUUAUCUAUUUUCAUUACAACCAGCAGUUCGAGUGCAUGUCACGCUGUCCCAAUCCGAAAACGAUCAAGCCGCAGUCAAAGUCACGGAUCGUCUCUUUGUGUCCCCCAGGUGCUGCCGUUAUUAGCGGAUCAGCUUCAGCACGCUCCUUUGUCCGAGGCUGACCUCCUCCUGAACCUCCUCCGCCUCAUCCACUGGGCUCUACGGCGCUUGGAUAGCAGUACACAGCACGUAGCCCUCUCUGCCACGCUGCGGCGGAUAGGAGAGGAAGCAUCGAAGCCUGCUGCCUGGUUAACGGGGCCGGACUCUGAGGAGGCAGACCGGCCCGGGCCCCCCACUGAGGCCGCCGGGGGGGCCUGCAGGACAUGGCCUCUCUCCUGCAGCCCCUGUCCUCACACACGCAUCCUCUCCACCCUCAUCAUCCUCCGCACCGUCACACAAGCCGAUGUGCUGGCCCAGGCUCUGGAAGCUCUCCGUACCGAGCUGAUGUCUGAGGAGAGCCGAGGCCUUUUCAUCCACUACGGAGGAGUGUGUGUGCUGCUGUCGGUGCUUCGGGCCGGCCGGGGAGGUCUGCACACACCUGUGGACGUCCUCAUGCAGCUGUCUGAACAGUCCCGAUACCUGAACCCCUUCCUGGAGGCGUGUAGCUGUGAGGAGUUUUUCCAAACGGCUUCCCAGCUUCUCAAGAACCCUCGUCUGGAGUUCCCGGCGCUGGAGAAGCUCUCCAUCCUUCUGCAGAAGCUCUCCAGCAUCAGGAAGAACCGCCGUCUGUUUGAGCGGUGCUCCGUCCUCCUGCAAAUACAAGAACUUAAUCACAACGCCAACCAGACGCACACGUUCCUCCGCCUCAACCUGAGGUCGAUCCUCCACAACCUCCGAUAACACGCACACGCGCGUGUCUUCUGCCUCGUGCUUGACUCUCCUUCCGUGUUCUUUUUAUAUGUGUGUACCUCAAUUUCCCUCUUGGUCCACCUCAAGUUACACAUGUGUUUACGUAGUAAUGUGUUGUUGAAGUUUCUUUGUCUAUCAGAAGUAGUUUUUUGGAUGUUGUGUAACCCGUCAUGCCUGCCCGUGGCCUUAAUGAGUGUCUGAUGUGCUCAGAGGAAGAGCGGCUGCGACUGUGAAGCUUUUUAAUGACAAUAAACAAAAAGGACUGAGGGACUCGCUAAAACCCAUAUGUUUUGUGUAAAGUUGUCUUAUUUGUUUGUUCCAGUGGGUUAAUGGGAGUAAUGGUCUCAGUGUGGGACAUAGCGGUGGUGUUUCUUGACGGAGGAGUUUGGACGGACUGGAACAAUUACAGCUGACAUUCAGAACUGACUCUGAGGUGCUCGGCUAGUCUCAAUUGGAUCCAAGUUUUAAGGCCCUGAAUUCCUAAAUGGACUUAUUGCAACAGGAUUUAGCUCAGGGUUGGAAUGUGAAUUAAUUUAACAUUGCAUAAUUGUAUAAUCUAGAAUACUGUGAAUGUGCAUCCUGGUCAUCUUUAGGAGGUCACUAUAUUAUCUUGAUUCUUUUGUCAUUCAUCAAUGAAUAGCUUGUUUUUUUUUAUGUGAGGAAUAACCGACAGGAGGAUGGAGGAACAUUGAGACAGUCCACAUGUGGGUUGGAAUCCCCUUUGGAAUAAAAUAAUUCAACAACAAAUAUGUUUUAAAUGUCCGGCCAGAAAGAAUUUGACCUGCUUUAGAUAGUGAAGUAAUUCCCUGUGUGAUCACGGACACUUGGAAACUGUCCAGCUUAUAUUGACUAUGUACGAAUGUACAGUCAAAAUACAUUUAUUCUUUUUACUGUAUUUAUCAGUUUGGGAAAUUCGAUUUUACAGACACGUCCGAACAUCUACAUUAUACUCGCUAUGUUUUUCAGGCUGCUUUUCUUUUUCUCUGGCUGUUUGGACGCCUCCGCAUCACAAAGCCCAGGUUCAGCACUUGAUAAAGUUUCAGGAGUCUGCUGCGGCUAACGUCGCAGCCCAUUAAACAUACGGAAUGUUAC